AUGAACAACUCUCCACCGCGACCAGCAAGAUCCACUGCCAGGCGCAAGCCCAGCACCGCAAGAAAAGGUUUCCACCCGGGAAUACACUCAGAUCUUAAUCCAAGCGGGCAGGCUGUCCACCCGCAACCCACGCCUCAACCCCAUUACCAUCCGCAACCAUCCCAGUACCAUCCACCUCCCCAGCCUCAACCCCAGUACCAUCUGCAACCCCCUCCUCAACCACAGUACCAUCCACCUCAACUCCAGUACGAUCCACAACCUCCGCCCCAACCCCAAUACCACCCACAACCCCCACCUCAACCCCAGUACCAUGCUGAUCGGAACGAGGACAGAGCAGUGGCGGAGGCGUACGCCGCCACAUUCACGCUACUUCGGGGUGGGUCGUCAUCGAGGCUCCCACCACAGUCGGAUUCGAUUCAAGAUGGCCCUUUGGCCCCAUGGGGGGCCGCACGGCUCGUCGCCCUUGCACCCCUCCACCCAGGAGAGACGAUCCGCGGGGAAAGAACCCAGGGUGUAAUCCGAGUAAGUCAUCCCCCUCAUCCCCCGAGCGCGCCUGUGACCGAGUAUCCACCCGACACACAGACCCAAAAACAUCUAUUCGACACCGGGAGACGACGAUGUAACGCUCGACUCCCCCCCACACCAGAAAUACCCGUGGCCGUCGUACCGAAUCCUCCCGCUGUGCCAAUCGCGGACCCACCUAUCUCGAGACACAUUAAGCUCUCGACAACAUCAAUGCGAAAGUACAAAGAGGCUGCGAAGGAACAUCUUCGCAGCCUCAUCCUGAACGCGGAUCCCGAAACGGACAGGGCUCCCGAAGACGAGCUUCGCAACAAAUUGAUCGAUACCACACUGCAAAUCGCACGAACGAAAAUCAGUCAAGAGGAAAUCGAGGAUAUCAAGGGGAUCAACCACUAUAUGGUGACUUCGUUAGCAGAUAUGCGACGAAGCUUCAAAUCUUACGCUUUGAACACUGUUCCAGUUGGUUACCAUCUACGUCUACCAUUAUUUUCUGAGGAGGACCAGCUGGCGCAUACGCGAGACCAAAUCAAAAUUCUACUCGAGGAUUCAGAGUACUUGCACGAAAUUGAACAGACCAUCGACGGCACAGAGAUUAAACGGCCCCUGGAGAACAAGGUCCUCAUCAACAUGGUCAUUGACCUGUUGAAAGGGGGCCUAUCAGACGUGAUACAUGGUCCGCUCGAUCGUUUGUUUGCAGUGUGUGGUGCAACAAUUCGUUGCGUGCUACAGGCUUAUCAAACUGGUCAAUUCGUUGAUGUCUCGGUGAACUCUACUGCCUUUGAUGAUGCUUACCACGAAAUCAUAGCUUACAUUACUACAACCAUCCGUGCCUCGCAUACCUUGCGUGAAAGUUAUCAUGUUGUCGCAUCCUCUGUUGUAGUGGUAUAUGAUUGGGCGCUAACAUCUGGACAAGAGUUUGAACUGAUCUGGUCUCAACGCUGGUCCUUCAUCACGGUGCUAUAUCUCAGUGCGCUGCCUGGGAAUACUACAUUGUGGAACCAGCAUCCUGUGGAGUCUCUCAUCAGUCUCGAUGAAAGAUGGAGGGUGAGCAAGAUUGUUCAACUUGACUGGAUGCCUGUUGUCACGAUCCUCAUACUGGGCGUUGUCAUGAUCAUUCGGUUACACGCCAUGUAUCGGGGAUCCAGAAAGAUACUUUUAUUUCUUGUUAUAAUCUUCCUGGCUCUCACAAUCGCGACCGGAGUGCUCCUCGUGAUAGUGGAGAGUUAUACUCGAUGGGAGGAGUUUGUCCUUUGUGGCACCUAUCAGUGCAUGGGUCACUCCUUGGAGGGAGACAUCCCACCACUUCUGAUAGGGACUGAUUGGGAGUUCGUGACUGGAUUCGCAUGGGAGGUCCUCGCUCUGUGUCUCGCAGUCUGGAUUGUCAUAAAACACUUCCGUGAUUUGCAACGACAAUCGACCGGAUGGACCGUCAGGGAUUGCUUUGGCGUCUUAAUAAAGACACAUGUGCUUUACUUUGCAGCCUUUGUUGUUAUGUCUUGCCUUUCAUUCGGCAACCUGUCCCCAAAUAUGUCGAACUUCUCUUCCGCGGGAGUUGAGGUUUAUAGCGGUGUUGGCCAAAUUGUUACAAUCGUGCAGUUGUUUGUGCUUGGACCGCGCCUCAUCCUUAGCGUUCGAGCAUAUAACGCCCAGGUUCUGGCCGACUCCGACGAAGGAACUGCUAUGACUACGAUUGCUUUUCACGAGCGAACACACGGGUCAAGCGGCGGUGAUGUGUAG